GAAGCACCAUAAUUUUCGUGUUCCUUCACGCGAGUGUUGAAAAAGUCCGUCAUUCUAUCGAUUUCGUCGUCGUCACUGUGAGCUCAACGCAGGCCAAUACAGCAGCGGGCGGCUUUUGUACUCCUAAAUUCUCUGCGGAAACCUAAAGUUGAGAAAAACUAAGCAAAAGAAUUGCUUUUAAGGGAGUUGCUCCCAUUGACAGACACCGAAAGCCCAACAGAGAACGCGUUCGCUGUGCUCUGUCAAAUUCCACAUUCGCUGGGCACCGGGACGGAACGUACCGCAUUGUACGAACGAGCUGAUUCCGUAGCUUGGCGUUGAUACGGCCGAAAAUUCUUGUGGCAGUGGGUGGUGCAGCACGGAAAAACGCAUACACGAGCACACAAAUACACACUCUAGUGUAGUUUGGUUUCAGUUUCGUAAAGGAAAAGAAGGCAAACAAACAUGGCUGCUCUGCCUCGUAGAAUAAUUAAAGAAACGCAGCGCCUGAUGCAAGAACCCGUGCCCGGCAUCAGCGCGAUUCCGGACGACCAGAACGCUCGCUACUUUCACGUAAUCGUGUUCGGCCCUGAGGACUCUCCGUUUGAGGGGGGCCUAUUCAAGCUCGAGCUGUUCCUUCCCGAAGACUACCCCAUGUCCGCACCAAAGGUGCGCUUUAUAACAAAGAUCUACCACCCCAACAUCGACCGUCUCGGGCGAAUCUGUUUGGACAUUCUGAAGGACAAAUGGAGCCCGGCACUGCAAAUCCGGACCGUGUUGCUGUCCAUACAGGCGCUGCUCAGCGCACCGAACCCGGAUGAUCCGCUGGCGAACGACGUUGCGGAGCUGUGGAAGGUUAACGAAGCCGAAGCGAUCCGGAAUGCGAAGGAGUGGACGCAACGGUACGCGAACGUUGACAACUAGAGUCUGGCCGUUUUCGUUUGUCCUCGAAAGCCGAUUAUCGUUUAAAUAACAAACCCGAAGAACCAAGCGCCGGCAACUGCAACCGUGCAAGCAGCAGCAGCAACAACAGCAGCAGCAGUAGCAGUGGUUGUCCCCAAACAGUAAUAGAUCCCCCGCCUAGCCACCAGCCCUGUAUCCCAGAAGACUACAGAGUAAUCGCUUGCGCGAAUGCGUUUUACUCUGCGUGAGUGUCUGUAUGUGUGCGCGUUCGUGUGUGUAAUAAAAAUUGUUUUCAAAAUUGAAAAUUGGAUGAGCAAAGCCACCACAGAACGUUCUUCGUACGUUUAUCGUCAACGGUAGAAAAAAGAUCCUUCCCGGUCCGGGUUAAAAGCUAACGGAUCAAACGUUCAACUUGUACGCUCAGUGAAGUGGGUGAAAAACGGUUGCAGCUCAUUUCGCGUUACCUUGGCUUUGUGCCCACUUACGGAAGUUCAUUCAACUACAUCCAGCUUCAGCUGACCAAUAGACGUGAACAGCUGAUUUCGGCUGACCAAUGCUUGUGUAGAACAGUAGACAAACACCCCAGGAGAGAGGGAGUGUAUCGAAUUGCAAUCGAAGGUUACAACUAUUGGAGCCAGCUAUGCAGAAAAAUCUUCAAAAUCACAAUUAUCUAUUACACACGCACUUUUCUUCUCUGUUUUGGCACAUUUAGUACUGGAAAAUAUCGCUAGCUUUAGUAAAAUGUAUGAAGUAAAGCUAUUGAUCAAAAUUAAACUGAAGUGCACAAACGCAUUAUCUUUAUGUGACCUCUUUCCGCGGUACCAUUUUUUUACAAGCUACAACUAGAAGUUUACCGCAGUGUUAACGGUUAACGGUUCAGUUUGGGAGAAGUUUGAAUUUAGUCAACAUUUGUGGCCAGUUUAUAUCUUAACAGCAAACAGGAAAGUGUCUCUGGAUGAAAACGGCCUUGAGCUAGUUUUAGUACUAGUGAAUAUGCGCGAACAUAAAUAAGUAGUUGCAGCAUUGUCGCGGUUAUGCACUGUGCUCUAAUGCACGUUUAGCCCCAAACGAGAUCAGCAGAAUGUUUCAAGGAAACACCAAAAGAAUCCUUGAAUGAUAUUGCAAGUAUUGAUUACACAUAGUUGCGAUAAUGAAACACACACGUACGCCCGCAUGCAUAGGCUCGCGCAUGAUUGUAAAAGACAGUCAAACCAGUUUACGUAAUUCUCUGUCGGCAGUAUAGAUUAAAAAAGAAUGCGUCAAAUAUUGAGACCCUUUUUCAUAAGUACCGGCAAAAGGAAGAGUAAUUGUAAUAAUAAUUAAGAUGAUAGGGAAAAUGAAGCACAGAAGGAGAAGACAAUGAAGCAUCGAAAGAAGAACACAGCAAGAUAUAGAAAGUGAGUCAAUACACAGCUGAAAGGUAGCACCGUACGUACGAUAAACUCUAGGAGCGAGCCGAAUCGCUAUUGCUAUCUGUUUAAUUACAAAGUCUAAUAUUCAAUUCACAACAUCAAACAUGCGAUUAAAGACGCAAACGAGAAAACAAAAAGAAGUCACGCAAAAACACUAUUGAAACAAAUGUAUAUUAGUAUGAGAAUUAUAAAUAAUUGAAUGAAAA